GAAAUCAUCACAAUGCUGCACUUUGAUUCAGAGUGACAGUUGUGGCCUGGAUCCUUUUCCUUCAUGUGUUGCCUAGUUAACUUACUGCAGGCUGUAGAUAACCUGACAGACCUCUAUCUCUUCAGAUGUAGCCUGAGAUGCUAAUGAAUGGUUACGAAUGCUCUACACUAAUCUUUAACAAUACGUGCACUAGAACUAUGCCUAUACCAUCUAAAAUAUGCAUGGAGCUCUUUUGUAUUUAUCUGACCUGACAAUAUCCAUUAGCAGCCAAAAGCCUGAGGAGAGCUGGCCUUCAGAAACGAUGAUGUCAUUGGAAAAAGCUCUGGAAAGUCAAGCAGGAUUUUUCAGGGUGAUUUCCGCUGAUGGAGGAUGACGAGGAGGACACACCUUUACCGUUUACAUCCAGUCCAAUUGAGAUCGAAGACACCAGACGAGAGAAUAUGCCACUGAUCCAGACCACGCCACGCUUCCGGAACUCGGGCUCCAUCCCAAACGCAGUCAGUCCGCUCCACCGUUCCCUUCACGGAGCCUUUGAAUUGGGGCUUUUGUCUGCACCGUCAGGGUCCACAGAUGAUUCACAAGCACUUCUUCACAAUUUAAUCCUCUUCCCUGGAGAAGACUCUGGUUUCACAGCUCUCGUUCCGCCUGCUUCAGAGCAAUCGGGAGAAGACGACGAGCAGGAUGAAGCGAAAGGAGAAGAGAGAGAGGAGGACAGGACGAGCUUGGAGGUGCAGAUCGGACGGAAGCUGCGUGAGAUCGGAGAUCAUUUUCAGCAGGAGCACAUGCACCUGUAUUGGAGAAACCGACAGCCGAUGUGGUGGCGCUUAGCAACGACGCUUUACGACUAUCUGUUACCGAGGGAGUUCAUUGGACACUGAGGAGGUGAAAGGAUGAAGGAAUCCUCCGUCUCUGGGUCCUAGUGUCUGCCCUCGGGGUUACCUGUGCCUGUGCUCGGGUUACAGGCCUUUUGAGGUGAACUUGGGAAACCGACAGGAAGUGAGAAGGAGUGCGAGUCGCCGCUGGACGGAGACGGUGUCCCACUACUGCUCGCAAAGAAGCCAUCUUUACAAUGGAGCUAGUUUUAUGUUUUUUUUUUUAUUCUUUCUCUUUUUUGUCGCUUAUUAUAAAUUUGCCUAUUAGUCUGCAAAUGCCUUACAGUGGAAGCAAAGGACUUCAGGAAAGUUCCAGAAAUUAGAAAAUGUGAAGGAGAAGCCUCAAAAAACACAACAAACCUUUUAAAAUGUAUUUAUUUUUUAUUUUAUUUGCUGGUUAAUAUUACGUUUUCCUGUCAUAUGUUUGAGAGUUUUCUAAUGAUCUCAGCACAAGUUUUAUUGAACAGUUCGUUCUGUUUUGGAAGGAAAAACAUCGUCACUGCACGUCUGUCGCCUUAAAAUCAAUUUAACAUCUGAGCCUUUAACCUGAGCCUUUAAGAUCCUCAGGGCUGAGAGACAUUUUCACUAGCGCAAUUAUUCAGAAGUUUUCUAUUCGCUUUACCACCGAGACGUUUUCUCUCUGAACCGGAUGUUUUUUAAACACAUCGUUUAUCUUUUCCUGAAAUUUGCUUUGUUCAGUAUCGUAAAUUAUGUCCGUUUUUACAUACAAAACUAAACGUGUAGGUUUUUUUUUUAUCUAGGGUUUAAAAUACUUUUAGUGCCACAUUUAACAGGUUUAUUAACGUUUAAAUCAGAGACUUCAGGAAGUUAAACAUUAAAAUAGUGUGAAAUGUUUUGUAAAUGUGUUUACAGUCAGGUUUAAAAAACUAAUUUUACUACAACAGUUUUUUACUUCAUUGUUUUUUGUAAUAAAUGUUCUUAUAAAAAAUUAACUGCAAAAUUUUUUGUAUGAAGUUUUUUCUUCAAAAGAUUUUAAAUCCUGACUGUAAACAAAACAAUGAUGAAAUUGGAACCGAUUCAUUGCUGUAAAGGCAAUACUGUCUCCUGUCCAAUCAACAAUCAGACGGGAGAUAAAAAUCCGAUUUCAUUUCACUUGAAUAUUUCAUCUGAUGUACAAUCUGCAGUUCUGAUGAGAAACUUGGUUCAAGUUUGAGGAGCUGCUUUCUGUCUCGAAAAAACAUCACUGCUCUCAAACGGGUUGUAAAAAACUCUCCCUUUUUUUUUUUUUUUAACUUUAUUUAUCGUAAGAUUUUGUAAAGAAAAACAAAAACUAAUGAAUUUUAAAAUAUUGGAGGAUAAAGAAGAGGAAGCCAUUAAUGAAUAAAUUCUGGUGCAUGUUGUAAUAGUUUUAAACUUAACAAGGCCCUCGUUCAUAACACUGAGCUGAUUUCUACACAUUUUCAUUCAGAUCGUCCAAAACAUUAUUUAGUUUUACUUUAUUUUUGUUUCCUUUCAUAUCAGAACAUUUUCUUUUCGAUCAGAUUACGUCCCUGAUCCAAGUCCAUAAAACACUGUGAGCUGUAUUUAGUCUAAUUUAAUCUAAUCUAAUUAUAAUCUGAUCUAAUUAUAAUCUGAUCUAGUUCAUUCUAAUCUAAUUUGGUUUAUUACAAUGGAAACCAGUGACACAAAGUUCAACACUGAGUUCUUUUAUAAGAUUAGAAAUUUUCAUCUAAUAUAAACAUGUACAAUCUUAACACUCACUUUUAUAUCAAGCUUAAAUAAAUAAGGGCCAGUACAUUCAUUUAUUUAUUUAUCUAUCUAUUUAUUUAUUUUAAAGAAUUUAGACCUUUUUCCCCUGUAAAGAUCCUGUGUCCAAUGAUGAGGCCUGAUUUUGUCACAUGACCAGCUAAUGAAUUGGACCUAACGCAUUCUUUUUUCUUUCUUUCUUUUUUCAAGGACCUUGAUGUUUGUUGGUAUAAACUGAGUUGGAAAUGAAUAAGAAUAAGAAUAGUAUUUAUUUAUUUUUGUUUGUAAAAUAAAUAGGAAAUUAAUUCGUAUUCGCGCAAAUAUGAACGGUUUAUCGAUUUAUUCAUAAUUCUGAUAAAUGUAAAAUAAAAAAAAUCACAUUUAUUAAAUCUUUAAAUGCUUUAUUUAGGAGUGAUAGAACAGGAAGGGAGCAAAAUUUGAUUAUAUUUCUAUAUGACAGGCAUGUGCCGAUCUAUAUGACAAUAUUCAUCACACACACGUUUCUCUGCACUGAAGGUGUGAUGACGAGCUCAUGGCUUUAUUCCCGCAGCAAGCUGUGGUGAUGUGAUGAGAUCCUGAUCACGAUAUAUCAGCACAUGCCUAGAGUUUCUGUCUCUCACCUUCUUCUUUCACCACCACAAACUCUUUAUAUUUCAGUUGUGAAACAAGUUUAAUUAAUUUCUUUUAUCUGAAGUGCAAACUUUGUUUCACUCAUUACUAUAAAUGAUGAUUUUAUCAGACAAUCAGACUCUUAGACGUGCCUUAGGGCCGAACACACACCAGCUCCAUCGCUAAGCUUCACACCUUCAGAGUUCAACUGCAGAAACCUGCCAACUUGUGGCUGAUGUCGGCUUUACCGCGAGCGCCUGAUCAAUCACACUGCUGCCAAACACACACACACACACACACACACACACACACAAACCCAUUACAGUCACGACUCAUGCGGCUCGUUCAUGUUUCGGUGCUAAACAAGAUGUCCACCUGUGUUCUAUUUUUCUAUCACGAUACUGUCCUCACAUUUGAUCGGUUUUCCGACACGUCAGUGAUUUCAGUCACUUGGUGAAUUAUUGGAUUCUUUUAUUAAACACAGCACUUCUGCUGGUCACUCUACAGGUUCCCUACUUAGGGAGACUCCUUCAGCUCCUGAUGAAGUGACAUGAGAACAGACCAGAAUGUCCUUUUAAAACAAACACCAACAGAUUACAGAUUUUAAUCCCCUCGUGUUCACGCUUUUAAUGCAGAAGUUUCAGGAAAGUGUUUUUUUUUUGCCGCAUCACUUUCACUCCCUGGCAGGAAUUUAGCUUCUUGCUUGAAACUAAGACUAUUUUAAUGCCCUUUCAAGUGCACUGUUUUAGAGACUUCAGUGUUGUAGAAAAGCCCUUUUUAUUUUCUUCUUAAAAUUGUUCAUUUGAUGUUACAAAUGUUUUUUUAUUAUGUUUGUAGAACAAAUGAUUAAACUCUUCUGAUUCCAUUCCUAUGUGGAGAUGAUGUGCUUUUUAUAGAAUAAAUGCUAAUCAUAUCACAAA